UUGGGCAUUAACUAUUUUAAUUGUUUGGAUUUUAUUUAGUGCUGCACUUUUUUGUAUUUGGGAAAGUGAAUGGGGAUAUAUGACUUCUGUUUAUUUCUUUUUUGUUUCUAUUAGUACUGUUGGAUUAGGUGAUUUAGUGCCAACUAAACCAGAUUUGAUGAUUAUUAAUUUUUUCAUGAUUUUAAUUGGUUUGGCAUUGCUGUCAAUGUGUGUUAAUUUAAUUCAAGAAGCAUUACAAAAAUUAAUUGAAAGAUUAAUAGAACAAUAUAUUGAUGAAAUAGAAAAAAUAGCUGCUGUUGUGACAAAUAAUGAAAUAAAUGAAUUUACUGAAGAAUUGGAACCUUUUAAUGUUGGUGAAAUUAAUGAAAUGUCUUUACCUAUAGCAACAUUAAAUAUAGAACAACCAAGAAUAGUAGUAGAAAAUGGAGGAGGAAUUGGGAGAACAGUAAAAGAUUGGUUUGCUGAGAAAGCUAGUAGUAUAUUACUUAAUAAGAUUUAUCCAGUCUCGAAUUCCCUUUCCUCUUCUGAUUCUGAAGAAGAAGAAAAGGAUAGAGAAAAUGUUAAUUUGCCUGAUUUAGAAGAAAUAAUUGUUAAAACAGAACCAGUUAAAGCACAAAUAACUAUACAUAAACAUUCUUUGGAUGAAAAUAAAAUUGUGGAAGAUGAAAAUCUUCCACAAAUUGAAAUUCAUGAAGGAACACCUUUAAGAAUUGAAGAAAUGCCUAAAAAUCAAAUAAAAUUAGAGAAAGCACAAGUUAAUAUUAAUAAAGGAAUUAUUUAUGGAGGAACAUCUACAAUCGAUUCAACACCUACUCGAGAAGGGAUCUCUUUCCAGAAGCGACAUAAAAAACCUCCAAAAUUACCCAAAGAUUAUGCUGGUGCUCUUUUAAAAUUUAGUGCUCCCACAAUGCAAGCAAUUCGAGCAAUUGAAAAUUCUCGACUUAAAAAUGGGCAAAUUGGAAAUGAUUUUAAAUCACGUCUCUUUGCUAAAUUUGCAACAAAUCAAAGAUUUGCAGAAAUUGUUGAAAAUAAUGCUCCUCCUCCUAAAAAGAUGGUUAGUAGUAGUAUUCAAACAUCUCCUCGUCAAUCACCAAUUCGUUCAAUACCUCAAAAAAGUUGGCGAUUAAGAAGACUUGGUUGUGGAAUUGGUAAUUUUUAAUUGAAAUUACCUUCAUUUAAAAGAAAUCUUUUGAAAAAAACGUUAAAAAUCUAAUAAAUAUUUUAAUAGAAUCGAUGGAUUCAACCUCUUCUGAUUUAAAUGUUACCCGAACAACUACAAACGAUGCAAGUAAUC